UGCCAUGUACCUAUGAGUUUUCCAGAGGCCAUGGCACUGGUGUGGCAGAAGCACUUGGAAAUUGGGGCUUCUCUAACAGAGUAUGCAGCGAUGGCCAGGAAUUGCGACGUUUAAAAUGUCUCUUUGCGGAAAUGGAUUCUUUGUGAGAACACUACACAACUACACUAACAUAUGCAUUUCAUUAAAGCAAAUCAAGAAAAAUUUACGACUAUUGUUAGGAUUGAGAAAAGAAAUAAAGGAACGCACAAGCAUUAAUUAUAAUUUCAGGCGCAAACCAACAAAAUCGGCAAUGUGCGUUAAAUAUAAUCCCAGAUAUGACCCUAAAGCGUGGUACGUUAAGCCUAGUCCCGAUGAAUGUAAACCCUCCUGGACAUUUGCCGCAAACAGACCUCUGAUUACUUAUUGUUCGACCGUUAGGAUUUCGAAGAUCUCUAAUUUACUUGACCUUAAAUUGGCUUUAAAACACGUUAUACCUGGUUACAGCUACGUGAAACAAGGCACGGACAAAUGGUAUCGGCGAGGUUCAAACUGUUGCUAUCAACCAAGCUGUUUAGCUCCGCAAUGUCCUACAUAAUAUUGUCAUAAAAACUGUUUAUCUUUAAAUUCAUAAUAUUUGAUGAUAUCAAAUGUUUAUUUCUAAUAUUAAAAUAUAAUACCUCUUUACGAUAUAUA